GGACCGCUCGCGGCAUCCAUCCGUUGCGCAAAAGGUCCUAAUCACCAAAGGACAAUUUUUCAAAUACUUAGAUACUGUUGGAACGAAGACAUGUUGGCAUGGUCGAUCAUCUGGCAGGCUCCAUGUGGAUUUCGAAAUGGCGCUAACUUUGUUUCUGGCGGCAUUUUGUUUUCUGGGCUGCAAGCCUCUUCGAGAAAGGCAACCAAAUCCAUCGUCAUUGCCAUCCUUACUUACUUACUUUAGAUAGCUAGCUACUAGAUAGAGCUAUAGUUGGCUACCCAUCCCUUCAGUUAUCCACAGCAAGUGCCGCACUCAGUCUACUAUACUCAGAUUGUUUCCACUUGUCUCCAUUGAUCUGACAUUGACGCCAUUAUCCCAUCUUCUCUUCUCUUGCAUACCCAUCGGUAUAUACCGGAACCCAUAGUCUUUGAUACUUGCUACCAUGAUACCUCGAUUUCUUGUCUGCUUUCUUUUGCUGCCUUCAGUGGUAGUGAGUGGUAGUACUGUCAGUACUACUAGUAGUAAGAAGAUCAGUGGAGGCUACUUUUCGUUAUCGCUCAAGGCUCAGGCUAGUACUAGUAGAGGUUCUUCUGGUUCUACUGGCAAUUUGCGUGGUUUGCAGGACGCCGACGAUGAUUUCUUUGAUGACGUCAAGGACAAUAUGAACAUGAACAACAACAACGAUAUUAAUAAUAAUAUGGACAAUGGCGAAUUCCCAGACGAUGAGUAUCAUUGCCGCGAUCCUGAACUGGUGGAAGAAGCCUUUUGGAAGGACAAGACAGUCCAGUGUGAUUGGGACACUCACGAGUGGAUUCUAGACAAACUAGAUGAAGACGAAAUUCCAGAGCAUUGCAUAGACGAAGAGUUCGAAUUCCAAACGGUGAAAGACCUAAGAGACUGGCAAGAACCGUGCUACCUAUGGAUGACUCUGUAUGGAGAAUUGGCUCCUUCGACAGCUCCUUCCCCGGCUCCUUCAGACCCAACUCCUAGCAUUCCUGGUACCAUUCAUACAAUGCUACCUUUUGGGGCCCUUGCAAACACCACCACUAGUGAUUCCAAUACAACUGCCCCCACUGCCGAUGCUUCCACCUUGGCUGUCACCACUACGGGGCCUACUAGCCAGCAGCCCUCUGAAGCAAUGACAACCUCUCCCACUUCCUCUCCCAUCCAACUCACAUCUUCUCCCACACAAUCUCCGACGCCAGCACCAUCCGAAACCACAACUGAUGCCAUUACUGGCAUUCCCACUCUGGAACCCACUGCUGCUGUGACGUCUGAACCAUCUGCCGAGCCCACUCCAGCGGUCGCUCUAGAGAUUACCUCCAUUCCACACUUAGAUCAUGAAUACACCCAUGAUUUCACGGAAGAAGCCGUAAACACGGUACAAGCAAACACUCCACUUGUCCCAAUGCCCACGCCCGACAAGGCACCCACUCGCACGUAUCCUCCCGUCACCCUGCCUGCCAUUACGCCUCCCAUGGAAGAAUACUCUCCUGCCGGACCUCAUAUCUACGAAAUACCAACCAUGGUCAUGACGUACCUCAUUGAUCCCGCAAGGCGAAGAAACUUGAUUUGGAUGCAUAUGGAUCGAGACGUUCUAGAAGAUGUCACUGCCUCUCAUGUCGAAACGGAGAUUCGAAGAUCACUCACGUUCUGGUGGGAACAACAGCCAGGAGCCGAACAACAGGGACCCCUACAAGUCGCCGUUGAUGUAUCCCUCACGUCCGUACGAUCCUUCUUGUUGCCAAACGAAACCAUGGUUGCAACAGAAGCUCUCUCGGGAGUUGUAUCCGUACUCGAACCCUCCAAUGGAGCCAUGGCGGCCAAGGCGACCACCACCACCACGGUCGUCGUCAAUCAGCCACAAGUCAAAUGGCCCGAAUCGAUUGAAGAACAAAUGGAAGCUGCCUUUCAUGGGAAUGCGCUACGCCGAUACGUUCGACGCCUCAAAACUUCCUCCGAUCCCAUCUUGCAACGCACCGACUACAUUGAAGUGGGAUUGCCACUCGAUCUACUCGCCAGCAAUACCAACAACGUGGAUACCACCAAUACCAAUAUUCCACCCAACAAUCCAGCAUCGUCCACGAAUCCCAACGACAAUGUGGAAGCCGCUACAGUAUGGUCCGUUGGGGGCGUCGAGUUUAGUCUCACUACGCUUGCCAUUAUUGCCGGUUCCAUUGCACUCUUUAGCAUCUUCUUGCUGCUCUGUGUUUGCUGGAAGUUACGGGCCAUUCGCAAGCAGCAACAGUUGGACGAACUAAAUCUCCUCCCGACCAGUACUAAGCCUUCUCACAGCACAGAGGAGGGAUCGGAAGGCGACGACAACAACAAUGACAAGAACAAGAACAAAAAGUCACGACGCACGUUGAGAGGCAACAAGAAAGGCAAGGGAGUCAAAGAAGAGGAGAGCGUGGCAGAACGUUCUGCGGAAACAACCACCAACGAUCCAACCAACCGCUAUUACCAACGAUACGUGGCAGAGACGGAUGAUCGCUCCUUGGCCACCUCCACCUACAGUUACUUGGAUUCCAACUUGCAUGGAAACGGUGGUAUCAGCUUGGCUCCCUCCUAUCUCUACGGAAAUGAUGAUGCCAGUCUCCAGUCCAAGGCCAUGUGGUCUCUCAUUGAUGGGAUCACCAAUCAAGGGGAUGAAGAAGUCGACGUGCAUCCGGAUGCCAACUACACCUACGAUCAAACCGCUAGUCCCAGCAUGUCUCGACCCGUUGCUUCUUCCAGCUCGGGAGCUGUCAAGACACCAGACGCCAAUUUUAUCAGUCCUCGCAACAUGACCAUUUCCACCAUCAAACGAGACAGCACAAAUCCUCUGAGCUACGAUGAAGAAACGGAUAACCUGUCCUUGACAAGCAUGGGUGGUGGCAUUUCCUAUGCCGAUCGUGUUUCGUUUGCGGCUGCCUCUUCGGCCGAAAGUCCCAUGGCAGCGGAACCCAAGACCGAGCCAGCCAACACACCCACAGACAACGCUCCGACAACCGAAGACCACGAGGCGAGAAACAUGGCCUACCUUGGGAUGAGUGCUCGCAAGAAGAAAAACUCCAUCGCUUCGUCAUCCAGCAACAGUGGUGGCGGGUGUGAGAAUACCACUGGGAGUGUCCGCAAGGCGAUUGGUCAAUUGACAUCGUGCGCAUCCAGCAGCAAGGACCGCCGUGAAGACGAAGAACCAAUCGUCAUGCCAGCGCCCUCGGAUGAAGUCGGAAGCCCACCCCUUCGGUCCACAUCCGUGUCCUCCAAGGAUGCGGCUGACAGCACUAUACAGGACUUGCAUCAUCGGUUGGGAGAUUCCACCAUGAACAGCAAGAACAGCGGUUUGCUUCCAGACAAGCUGUUUCCCGAUGACACAAUUGAAAGUGGUGCUACCAAUACAAGUUCUUCCAAGGUCGGUGUCACUGCUACCGUCAUGGACACAUCCAAACUGUUGAAGGACGGAAAGGGCCAGUACGUUAUUGAUUCCAUGUCGUCCUUCUAGCUAGCUAGAUAGGAUGCGUUCAAACGAACAAAGAUUUCCGAGCAUGCCCAAAGAAACCUGGGUGCGGCCAAACCCAAACUGGUUCUGUAAUGGUGGACACACAAGCAACGUAGAGAAUAUCCAAUGAUGGAUCAUCCGAGGCAAAAAGUAACCACCUACUAUUGUUAGUGAUAUACAUUUCAUACUACUAGCUAACUCCUUAUUGUCUAAUGAAAUGGAAUUUGGCUGGCAGGACCAUCCGUUUGGAAGUAGGAAGGUAGUUUCAGGAAUUUUCUUGAUUCGAUUCUUUUGCUUGCUUGCCGGGGAUGUAUUUGUGCAUGCUUGGGGCGCCGUGGUUCCCUCUUCCAAGCAUGCAUGCGAGUAGUUGUCGUCUCGCACUCAGAGCUGUAACCAAGAACUGAAGCUUGCUAGCUAGUAUCGAUAAUGUUCGUUCUUGCCCUGUUCUUCGCCUUCGUAUACCACAAGCUGCCGCUCAGUUGUCAUCCCUGACAUGUACGAGCUUUCGGUGUUCGAGUGUCUCGUCGACAUUGAGUAUUGAGUCGCUCCAGAGGAGACAUGAUCCGGAAGAUUCACUGUCGUGUCCUCUUCGUCAUCUUGCCACCGCUUUUUGUUUAUGUAUUCAUCAGGCAUGAUAUCAUGCAUAGACGAGGGAGGGGUUAUGCGAUAUCCGUAGUGGUAGUUGUCAGUGGUGUAGGAAUGACUCGGAGGGGGGUCCAUCCCGCGGCGUCGAGCCCUGGGUGGAGAUCGAGGCCUACUGGCGGUGUGUGUCAGUGACUUGGGUGAUUCGCCCAUGGCUUCGGCCAGUAGUGAAGAUAAAGGAGAAAGCGGGACGAAGGAUUUCUGCGUCAUCAGGUAGUCAUCUGCGUCGCGACGGUAGAUGCUCUUGGACGCGCUUGUCAUGGACGACUGCGCGAUGGAUUCUACAUCGUAGACAGGCACACUAUUGACAAAACUGUCGGGAUCCCCGCGACUACUCUCGCUGUGGCUGCUGGCCCUGCUAACGGAUUUCAGGAUGUGAACACUCCCUUGUUCGGCUCCAAAUUCAUCGUCGUGCAGGUCAGCAGCAUCAUACUCGUCAUCAUCAUGAUCAUCCUCAAACGUCUCCGCAGGCAUGUAACGCUUCUUGUCGACAACUUUUUGUUUUCUCCUUGCCGGUUCUACGCGGUUCUUUUGAGUGACCUUGAGCUUUCUCGGUGGUUCAACCCGUCUCUCCUGGACUGGCCUGAGCUUCCUCACUGGCUCGGCGAUCUUCUUGGAACUUCUGGCAAUAGAAAUUCGAUCUAAACUCAGUUUGCUCUGACGGCUGAUCGUGUCAUCAUCGCUGCUGUCGCUACUGUCGCUUUCCUCGUCGACGUCUUCGUCUUCGUCUUGCGCGAUAUCGAUUUCACGUUUCUUGUGUUUCGCUUGGUGGCGUACGCCCCGAAAGUCGUCUUCAUCAUCAAUGUCUAUAUCGUAAACGCUUUCGGGUUUGUUUCCCUCCAUGCCAAAGUCGUCGUCUUGGCGCCCUUGUAGCGGUGUGUCGUCCUCCUGUGGUACAGAGAUGACACGGUUCUUGCGCCGCUGAAUAGCUGCGGGUUGGAUGUAGCUCAGUUUGGAUGAAGCAUCAGACAUCACCGAGGAACCGCUGCUCGAUUUUGUUCCAAAACUCAAGUAUCCGCUGGCUCGACUACCGGUAUGCUGGAUCCUUGAUUUCAUAGAUUGAAUCGAGUGCUGAGCGCGGGAUCCGUACUCGCUUGCGACGUCACUGGCACUGUCGAGAAUGUAACGCCCACGUCCGGCAAGACGCCGACGACGACUCUUAUUGUAGCAGACAGCCGCAGCAACCGCAACCACGACAAACAAUCCACUGGCAGCGGCAGCAAUGAUAGCAACUCUCGGCCCAACGCUUUCGAAGAGGUUGGUAAAGAAGCUCCAUACACCCUCAUCUGCUUCUUCCUCAAGUGCUUCAGGUUCAGGUGGUGCGGUGGUAUUCGAUGGCGUUAUGUGAGAAAUACCAUGCUCCAUGGCAUGGUUUCUAGGUGGAUGAGGCUGGCCUUGUGCGUGGAUUUCUCGGACAUUCAACCCCUUGGCAUUCAAUAUGCGAAGGAAUGACUUGAGCUCGGGGUUGGAUUCAUCAAAGAACUGCUCAACUGCCUCGGAUGCAACCGUUUCCGUGAAGAUGGAUAUGUCAUCCUCGCUCAGAGUACGCAAAUGGAACACAACGAAGACAACCAGUUGUGUCACAAAGGUCUUAGCAUCUGAUCCUCGUCGUAGCUGGUGGACCGAGUCUUCGGACCUAACAUACGUUAUUGUCAUCUGGUAACUCUCGAUGAAGUUUUCGCCAAACAACGAUUCCAAAUGACGACUGAGCAAUGGCUCUAGGCUUUGGAACACUUCCUCCUUGUGCGCAUGCAAAUCCGACAAUCCUGUUGUUUCAACGUACACUGGAGAUGCUGCAACAGUCUCGUAAAAAAAGGUUGUGCCGCCUUCGUCUUCAGUUUGAAGUGUAGAUGUCGAGUCUUGCUCCAGCAGAGUUGUUUCGGUACCUGUUAUUGUCGAUGGAGGCUGGGCGCUUCCGUUCGUUUGGUCAAUUCCUGCUGGCACCAGCGUUGGAUUGUUGCCGCUAAGAUCUCCUGUGACUUGCGUGGCACCGGCUGCUUCUAUUGUGCCGUUUUCUGACGGAAAAACAAUGGGGGCCAACGUGGAGCUCCCAAAGAACGAAAGAUAGGGUCCGGGAACCACUGACGCGGUGGGGUCGAUGUCCCCUUGACCUCCCCCCAUUCCAUCUCCAUCCUCGUCGUAGUCCUCAUCUUCCUCGUCAUCAAAAAAGGAAGAAAAAUCUGACUCUGUGCCAUCGCCGCCUUCCACGUUUUCGUCGAC